AUGUCUGCUCCGUCAGCUCCGGUGAUACCGCCUCGCCCGGCCAGAUCUCCUCACACUCUAAGCGCCGAUAUUCCUUCAAUACCUCCUCGUCCGACUAAUCGCCACCUGGAUCGCUCCGUAUCUCCGGGGGGCAGAGACACCUAUGCACCCUCACCUUUGAACGGUCCUCCAGGACUCGCACGCACAACGUCAAACGACCUUCCAGCUCGUCCUCCAAGCGUGACCAUUCCUUCCCUUGGCGAGGAAGGUAUCGAAUACGAGGAGCUUAACAACGAACCCGCGGAAACCAGAAACGUGGGCAGCGAUUUGAAGCUACACGCCCCCAAGCCUUCUCUGCCCACUUCAAGCGCAAAGGCCAGAGUACAGACCGUGACUCGUACUGAUUCGGAACAAGCUGCCGCUGCCGGUUUUGGCAAGGCUUCUUCGCCAGCUUUGGAAGAUGCCGAUCAGCGCAGCCGUUCUAUACAAUCGAAACCCAGCGGUUCUCGUGCCGCAUCCACGGCAUCAAGUACUCGCCGUCAAUCUAUGCAAUUUGAAGAAGAGCAUGGAAUUCCUGAAAUUGGCCAGCGUGUACCUAUGUUAGCCAAUGCUGGUGACGUGCAGGCUCCUUCCCCCGCGCCUCCCCGAAGCGUAUCCGCCACCGGUCAACGUGCCAGCCGCCAUCAUCAGCGCACCCGUAGUGGUCGGGAGGUACUCCUUCCACCUGGUAGCUAUGGUCUUCAUGGCCAUGGUGUGCACGCCGCCGACAAAUUCGAGAAGGCCUGGUACGACAAGCACCCUGACGAGUUAGCUCGUGAAGCGCAGGGCCAGUACGGUCCAGCUAUUGCCGAGCGUUCUGCCUGGGCGCUCAGCAGUGACGACCUUAACCGCUUAGUUAAGAGUUCCGAUGUUGAUACCAGUGUUGGCACUUCGCCGGCUCUUGUUGGAACUCCUGCUGAAGAAGUCGGCUAUAUUGCAACUGAUGAACUCACUCGUCAAGAUACUCAGCCCGCCGUGGAAUCUCCUCUUCGCCAUUCUACCUUUGGAACAUCGGAAUUGACACGAACUAAGAGCGCAAUGUCAACUGCAAGCAGCGAUGGUGGUCGAGUCAUUCAUGUCGACGAGCCAUAUCACUCGUUACAUCACCCAGAUGGCUUUGCUCGUACACCAGAACCACCAUCAACAACAGAUUAUUUUGACGUCAUUGAGAACGACGAGCCCAUCCUUGCAGCUGAUGAGUCUCGCCCAAGCUCCGCUUACCUCCACCCUGCCGUAUCCCCCAGAAGAGCAAGCGCAGAUUAUCAUGACCUCGAACGAGUUCGAAGCCGUACACCCAGUGCGCCAAACAGUCGCCCAACAAGCUUGCACGGUGCACCUGCUGGUCUUACCCGCUGGACUUCUCGAGGCGAAGAACACGAUGAUGUACAUACACCUUUGGAGGACGUCGAAGAAUAUGAGCCGUUGUUCCCAGAAGACGAGAAAUCGAGCAAGCCUUUGUCAGCGGCGGAGCGUUUCCAGAAGCGUACUGAACUUUUCCCCAGUCAAGAUAUUUGGGAGGAUACCCCGGAUAGUCUUCAGUUACUCGCCAGCGUAUCCACUCCAGACUUACCGGAAGACCGAUCCAAACCCAAGUUUGAGACACCAGAAGCAGAAGCGCAGCGCAAACGCGAAGCUGGUCAGGUUUAUUCUCAUUUAUCACAACCACACAGCCAAGCUACCAAAGGCCGCCCAACGAGACCCCCUCUCAACCACCGAUUCCCGAGUCGAGAUCUUUGGGAAGACGCACCUGAGAGUCAGCACCUCGUGACAACGAUCGAACCGUCUGAAUCGAGCCCUGAUACAGCCAAGGCUCCCAGUAUCCCGUUUCGACCUAGCAUUCCUCCUCGACCUGCAAAGGUUGCAAGACCGUCUGAUGGAUCAACAGAUGAGAAGAAAGCACCUGUUAUUCCAGAUCGUCCCAAACCUCAAAUUCCAGUUCGUCCUGCUAAGACAGCCUCCGGUGAUGCCGCGGCACCUCCAGUCAACAGAAACAAACCCGUUAUUCCCGCACGACCUAACGGUGGCAAGAUUGCCGGUGUUAAAGCAAAUUUCUUGUCCGAUCUGAACUCCCGACUCCAAUUAGGGCCUCAAGCACCUAAGCCCGCUGCCGAGAAGAAGGAAGAAGAAGCCCCAGAAGAGAAAGCGCCACUUGCUGAUGCUCGCAAGAGUCGUGCUCGUGGUCCAGCCAGGAGAAAGCCUGCUGCCAGCUCAUCGUCAGAGACAAGACUACCAUCUAUUCCAGAGAUUCGUAUUAUGGAUGCCUGGAAUGUAUGGGAACUUGGUGUUGAUGGAAACCUGACAGUCGCCGAGAAGAAGGAGCCUAUAGUCGAGGUCAAGCUUGAUGAGACGACUAUGGCUCCUCCUACUGUGAAGGACAUAGAUGGUGAAUCUGGGGAUCUGGUUGCACUUUCGCUCGACAAGAGUGUCGAACCUGAGGCCGAACUCGAGAUCCACGAACCCGCAAAGAGUGAGACUUUAGAGCACCACAAGGACUCUAGAACGACCGAACACGUGUCGUCGAAGCAGUCCGUUGAUCAACCGCCAGAAAUAGCAGCAGACACGCAAGUCAAAUCGAUAGAUCCAGAGCCAACGACUGAAUAG